CCCUUUCCCCUCUUUUUUGGCGACGGGCGCGUUUUCGUGGAACAGCGGGCGCCACUUUUGUCGCGGUCGUCGUGUCGUGCGGUUCAGUUUUUUUGCUGCCGGAGCGGACGCGCAGUUUGUUCGCUCGUUCUUGCCGUUGCCAGAGUGUUGUUUUGCGGUGCGGGUGCUAAGGCCGUGCUGUAUAUCGAACCCCAUAUCAUUUUGCAUAUCCCGCGAUCCCGGCUGUAAAGCACCUUGAUUUCUACUAAAAAAAACGGCAUCUGUUUUCGUCAACUCUCCUUCUCUCGCUCUCUCAUCACUCUACUUAACCGAAGAAGCCAUCUUCGCACAUGGCAGAAGAGAGUGAAUCAUAAAACGGUCGCACACAUUCGCGGCGAAUCAAUAAUAAAUAGGACAUACUUUAGAGCGUGAGCGACGAGAGUAGUGAGCGAACCGGAGCAACCCAUUCAUCGUGACAGACGUGGCUUGUUGCAGCAGCUGCAGAGUGUUGUCCAUUCGUCGUUCGACCGUUUUGCGUCUUGGCGUGCUGCUCUGUGUCUGUUCUGUGCAUAAUCUAACCCUCUCAACCCCGUAUCGCCGGGUGUAGCAGUGUGUAGCAGUGUGUGGUUGCCUGCCGGCCCACCCGGGGAGCACGUGGCCAACCGGUGCGCGUGUGUUUGCGAUCAGGAAUCAAACACAGCAGCUGCAGCAGAAGGCGGAUCGAGGUUCCAGUUCCAACCACGAAGGAACACGGACCGACGGAAGUUGACCGGCGGUUUUGGUUGUACCAGCAGUUUGCAGACGCGCGCGCACGUGUGUGUGUGUGGGUGAAGAUUUUAAAAGUACUCCCCUGCUCGACGCAAAGUAAGUUUGUGCAAAGUAUUGGAAAGUUUGCACGCAGCGGGCCCAAGCCAAGAAGUAACGUCGAAGAAAAACCGAAACGAAAACUUCGGAAAUUCGAUCGCCGCACAAGUAUUUCGGCACAGACGAAGGGGGAGGUGUGCGGGAGUGUGUAAAUCGGAACUCGAAAUCAAACAACCAAACAAACAGAGGGAAAAAAAACAACAACACGCGGGCAAGACAUAAAACGAAGGUGAACGUCGAGCGUCGAGUGGAGCAAAAAUUCAGGGAAGCUAAAAGGAGGAAGGAGGUAUAAGUAAAGUAAAAAAGGCAAGAAGGGUAGUAGCGGUGCGAAGCGGGUGGCUGAGGAAAGUGAGAAAACAAAUUUUGCUCCUUCACUAAAGCGUGCCUUGAGUGUUGCGGAAAAGCGUGGCGAGCGUGGAAAACCGAAAGGAAAAAGGGCAAGUGCAAGAGCACCGAAAAAGGGUGCCAAGUGUCAAUCCCCCUCCCGGAAAGGCGAGUUAAAGAAGAGAAUCGUCCAAAAACGGAAAGAGAAGAAGUGAAAAGUCAGAAUCGCGGAAGAUCAAUUGAUAUUCCAGCCAGCCUCUCUCUCUCUCUCUCUCUCUCUUGCUUUCUGUGUCUCUCCUCUCGGUGCUCGCCUCGACUGCAGUGUGCAAAGUAGUGAGAAGAGUCGUCGUUAGUGUUACUUCGAUUCUGUGUCAGUUCCCGGUGGUUCGGGUUGCGUUGACAUCGAUUGUUCCGGAAGCAGAGAAAAAAAAAGGGGGAAGCAAUUGGUGUGGGGCCCUGGAAUCGAAGGAAGGAGGGAAACGUGAAUAGUGUGAACGUGUCCGUGCUGCUUCUCCUUUGUCAGCAAGUGUCAGCAAGAAUCGUGUAAAAAUGGCAUCGCAAAGUGACGUUCGAAAGUUGGGCACGUUCUGGCCGUUCUGGCUGGUGGUGCUGAUGGUGGUGCUGCCGACCAGUUGCAUCGCCCGAGAGGAACCCAUAACAGAUAUGAACCAUCUCUGCCAGCAGGUCCAAUGUUCGACCGAAUGCCCGGACGACAGCUAUCUGCCCUCUGCGAAGGAUGAAUUUAUGGCCAUCGAGAGCGAUGGCAUCGGAGUGCGCCAGCGUCGUGCGAUCGCCAUGAACAACCAUCCACAGGAAUCGAUCAAGAUCGUCCCAAGUGCGGCCAUGUUCUUCACGCACAAUCAACUCCAACCGGCCCUGCCACAGCGCCACUUCUGGAAGCGCUCCCUGGCGACUAGCGUCGAUCUGCAGGACCGGUGCUGCCCCAAGUGCGUCUGCCGACCGUGCCCCAGCCCGAGAUGUCCACCGAACUUCAUCCCGGCGGUCAGUUCGGGUGAGAACGGUCAUCGCGCGCAGCCCGGUAACUGCUGCCCGGAUGUCUACUGUCAGGUGUUGCUGCAGCCCAUCAAGCGCUGCUACUCGAAGACGAUCCCGGGACGGUCGUACACCGAGGGUGAAGAGUGGAACGAGGAUCGCUGCACGCACUGUAAGUGUGAGGAUGGCGAGUCCCGCUGCCAGAUGCCAACGUGCCGGCCGCUCAGCUGCGCCCGCAAGCGUUCCCCACCCGACCAGUGCUGCGACGUGUGUGACGAGGAAGGAUCCAUCUUCUGCCAGGGACACGUCAACUGUCCGAUCAGUUGCCGCCAUGGAUAUCAGCGGCAGGGCAGUUGCUAUCUGUGUCAGUGUGCGCUGCCAGCGAGCAACGGUACGAUCGUGCCGCCCCCUUCGUCGUCGCCACCAUCACCGACCGCUACCGAUUCAACCGAACCCGUACACCACAAUCCGGCCGGUUCGGUUCCAAUGGAGCACGAGAAAAGGCUGGACGACAAUGAUGACGAGAAGAAGGGGCUGGAUAUCAUCGGUGGCAGCUCGGCGCCUCCACCAACACCGGUGGAAACGCCGAACGAUAUAGCGCGCUUUCUCUACUUCAUUCUGGUUGCUUUCUUCAUCUUCGCCGGGCUGGUUACGGCUGGCGUGUGCUGUAUUAAGAAACGGCGUAGCUGCCGUGGCAAGUACAGCACCGUACCGUUGUCGACGAGCACCAUCACACCGACCACCACCAGUGCGGUGACCACGACACCGACACUGAUUGCACCGAUCAAGGUGAACUCGUCGGUCGUCUAAUAUUUGUGGAAGCGAGCGACAGCCAUUUUCAGCCUUCAUUUUCGCGAAAAUGCCUACACCCUUCCUAUUUUCCUCACCUCACUCCCCCUACUGUCACCUACUAUUAGCAACGAAAUCAUUCAUCGAACCACCUUGAAACGAACCCGACCGGCAUUGCUCGAUUGUUUCGAUCUGUCUUCGCAGAUAUAGGAAUCCGAGUCGAGCAAAAGCGAAACGAAGCAAACAAUAGCUAUAUUCCCCCGUUAUUAUGUAGUCCCGCUGGAAUGCUAUCAAGUUUCUUGAUUGAUUCUCUAUCUCCCGCUUCUUUCCUUUCCCCUACGUUAGGCGAAGGUCGUAUUCUUGAAACGCUAAUUCGUGUUUCGCCCUCGCCGCCAUUAUAAUGAAUUCAUUCGAUCCUCACCGCUCUUUAAUCGAUCAUUGAACAAACAAUUGUGAUAAAGUUAAAACGGAAUGCAGUAUAAGAAGCUGAAGAUGAGGAAGAAAAACCAGAAUAAAAGAAUAAAAAGAAAGGCACCAGAGCAAAAGGAGAAGCAUGGCGCAACCGGCCAUUCGAGGAGGGUGUGAACGUGAACCGCAAAUCAGCACGGAUCACGAACCUGGCUGGCCCAAAUCGGCAGCCAACUAUAUUCCUAUUUUGAUUGAUGAAUUGCUGUAUUUAUUUAACGACAACUAAGGAUUAAGAAUCGAUGGAAAAGUAAGGCAGGGUGCGCUACCCGUGACGCGCGACGGUCGGCAGAUGCCCGAUAUAUUGAUUGAUAUCGACAACAUUUGGUUUUUUUAUUUUCUGUCACAAAGAAAAACACACUCUGAUGUAGGAGUUAAAGGAUCAGGACCCGCAAACCUGUGACAUGUGAUGAACGUUUGAGCGCGUGUGCAUGUGUGUGUGUACGAACGAAACGAAUUGACAAAACCACUGCUCGAGCGCUAGGUAUUAUUUGAAUGGUAAGACAGCACAAUUAACGUUAAGUUAUGAUUAUGUUUGGUUCGCUCCUUUCGUUCCUGAGUUCCUGAGCGCCUCCGUCUAGCUCUAGCUAGUUAGCCGCUCCCGUUGCUCCACGCCUCGCUCGUGGCAAAAUUUGAAUUGUAGGCAAUUGCGGGAGUCGUUUUGAAGGAUGAAAGAAUUAAAAGAGAAGAAAAAAAAACAAAUUAAAAAAGGUUUGUAGAAAACUGAUUAAGAAUGAGAGCGAAUUUGGAAGCGCUUCCGUUGGAUGGAAGUCGCUCUAAGGGAUAUUUGAGGAUCUUCAAUGUUUUGCGUAAACGAAACAGCUGUGAGGUCAGUGUACGAAAGAUACACUUGAUAAUACGGACACAGGAAGAAGUUGGGAAGACGUCAAAUCGUUUCAAACCAAGGCAGCGAAACCGGAAUAAAAUGGAAUAGAAAAAUUCUCGUAAUGCUUCCAAAAUAUGCAAAACAAAUAAACGGCGAAAGACAGACAGACAGACAGACAGAUAGAUAACAAACCCCGAAAACCCCAGAAUUUGUAGAACACAAAGACAGAGAACACGGGAACAUUGUAUAAAGCUGAACAUAAAUAUAUAUGUAUGUGCAUCAUCGCUGCGGUGAAGAAGAUGAGAAAUGAAAAAACAAAACAAAAGGAAACCUCUCCUGUGCAUAUCUCGUGUCGUCCAUGAACACGAACCGCAUCAGGAAUCGGUGAAGCAGGUGAAGACGAAGACGCUAGGUUGGCCAUCCCGAACGCGCGUGUGUGUGUGCGCCUCACAUUUACGCAAGAGUUGCAUCUUAAAUGUUUCGCUUUUCGUGCUUCAUUCUUCUCUCACUACUAAUGUCCCUCGACCUCUCCUCACGCCAUUCACGAUAUAUAGUACAGCCCGUUAUCACAACGCUUUCCGUCUCGACUCAUAUCAACCCACCAUCCACCAUCAUGCAUACACCCUUCGGGCGUGAUAUCAUUCCUUCUCUUCCUGUGCGCGUAUUCUUCGCUCGUGUGUCUCGUAAUUGCAGACUAGUGUAUAAAGGCAGUGUAGGAAGGCAGGCUGUUGGCAAAUAUGCAAACAUGUUAACAAUAGCAAACCAGGGAAGAAGGGAAGCGAUUUGUAAAACAAAACAGAACGGAAAGUAAAAUUUGGAAUAGCAGGAUAGUCCUAUAUUCAAGACCUAACUAACACAAAUGCUUCGCUUUACCGGGGCCACGCGUGCGGGAUCGGCAUCUUGAUGCGAGUCGAGGCCCAAGAGGAUGAGCUAUCCUCCCUCGAUAACCUAUCUGGAGACACCCCCUGAACUGUACACAACCAACGUUUUGCGGGAAAUCCUUUGUACAUUGACAACACGAGGGAGCGGAAGAGGAAAUGUUUCGUUUCGUUAAGUAAAGCAAAACCUAUCUGUGUGUGUGUACGAUGUGUGUCUGUCGCUGCCGUAAAGGUCCUAAGUCGAGUCGUUUAAGUUUAAAAACCACGCGACAUCGGCAAAGGAAGUGCAAUGAAGCAAGCGAGCACCCACGUGACACGUGGCGUCACUGUUGCCGAGUAGAACGUGUAAAAGCAAAUGAAACCAAUGGCAACAAGGAACCAGAAAAACGCGAAACCUUGCGCGGCAAUCUAUAGGGCGUACGAGAAGCGGAUAAACCAAAACCAAGAAACCGGAACACGGACGGCAGAGAGGAUGCGUGUAAAAUCAUUUGCGUCGAAAGAAACAAAAGAUGGGCAUUCGGAACGAGCGCGAUUACAUGUGAAUAGUUAUGCAAAAUAUAUUAAAUCUAUGAUUUGUAAAAAGAAAAUCAAAUAUACCCAAUAAGUAAGAAAAUCCUGAAAAUAAAUAUAUAUAUAUAUACAUAUAUACAUAUAACUUCGGAUG